UUAGAUUGCAUUGAAUGCCAAAAUUAAAUGACUUUUAAAAAUUUCAAUUUUGCCGAGCUUAGGAAGAGAAGAUUUUUGCAAACAAUAGGAACAAGUAUCACUCAGAAAAAUAGAAUUGCAGAAUUGAAAAGUCAAGAAAUCUUUAAUCAUAAUCUUAAUAAUAUAAGAAUAAAUAUAAUACAGACUAAAAAUGCCACAAUAUAAAGUAAAAGUAAAAUGGGGACGAGAAGUCUUUCCUGACAUUGAGCUGAACACAGACGAGCAGCCUAUACUUUUUAAAGCCCAGUUGUUUGCUUUAACAGGGGUACAGCCUGAAAGGCAAAAGGUUAUGUGCAAGGGAGGCAUACUAAAGGAUGAUGAAUGGAAUUUGCAAGUUAAGGAGGGUGCCACCAUAUUGUUACUAGGCACAAAGGAACAAGUGCCCGAAAAGCCAGUGGAACAGGUUAAAUUCAUUGAAGAUAUGAACGAUGCCGAAAUGGCCACUGCGAUGGAAGUUCCUGCUGGUCUCACGAAUUUAGGUAAUACAUGUUACAUGAAUGCCACAUUACAGUGCCUACGUGCUGUCCCAGAACUACGUGAGGCUCUUGACUCUUUCCGUGGGGAGAGUGCUGACGCUGAUUCUAUGCCAUUAGCCAUCACAUCGGCCAUGAAAUUUUUGUUUAAACAAAUGGAGCGUACCGGUAGUACAGUGACACCAUUCGUUUUGCUAGGAACUUUACAUCGUGCCUUUCCGCAAUUUUCACAGACUGGUGAAAAUGGAACGUACCGCCAACAAGAUGCUAAUGAAUGUUGGUCAGAGUUAUUGAAAAUGUUGCAACAAAAAUUGCCCUCGUCCAAUAAGGCGUUAGGCGAUGCAGCUGAAAGUGAGAAACAAGAGAAGAAAUACAAUUCCUUCAUAGAACAAUAUUUCGGUGGCACAUUUGAAGUUAAAAUGAGCUGCAGUGAAGCUCCAGAUGAAGAGACAAAAACUUCCAAGGAAAACUUCUUGCAAUUGAGCUGUUUUAUUUCGCCCGAAGUAAAAUACAUGCAUAGCGGUUUAAAAUCAAAACUAAAUGAGACUUUAGUUAAACAUUCUGAAAGCCUAGGCCGAGAUGCUAACUACACAAGAUCGUAUUUAAUAAGUCGUCUGCCUGCCUAUUUGACCAUACAAUUCGUUCGAUUCCAAUACAAGGGUAAAGAGGGAAUUAACGCUAAGGUCUUGAAAGACAUUAAAUUCCCCCUUGAAUUUGAUGCUUUUGAAUUGUGUACAACCGAAUUGCAGAAUAAAUUGUGCCCUAUUCGUUCGAAAUUCAAAGAGCUGGAGGACAAGAAAUUAGAGAAACAAAUAAAAAAUCCAUUGGAAGGUGCUCAAAUGAAGGAGGGUGAUGAAAAACCCAAAGUUGAAUAUGAACCCUAUUACUUUGAAGACGAUUUGGGUAGCAAUAAUUCCGGUUACUACACACUCCAAGCUGUGCUUACACACAAAGGUCGCUCUUCAACAUCGGGCCAUUAUGUGGCAUGGGUAAAGCAUACGGAUGAUGUGUGGUUUAAAUUUGAUGACGAUGUUGUCUCAUCGGUAACAAGUGAGGAAAUUUUACGCCUUUCUGGUGGCGGUGAUUGGCAUUGUGCUUAUGUUCUGUUGUACGGACCGAAACUACUGCCAAAAACAACUGAAGCUAUGGAUAGCACAUAAGCAAUUGUUUUGAAAUAGCACAGAGUAACGAAAAAAUAAAAUGAUUAUACAAGCCUACAUAACAUCUUUAUUGUUUAUGUAUUUGCAUUUUAAAAUACUUAUUUAAAUAAAAAUAUAAAAGAAAAAAUGUCUAAAUGUCAAAA